AUGGGUUCCCGGCAGCACGUCAGGGACAUUCAAAGUGGCCCGCCCCUUCCGUAUACAGAUGAUAUCAGAGCCUACAAGAAAGAAUAUGCCGAAGCUUUAGAUGCUCAAGAUCCUCUCCGAUCCUUCCGAGAGGAAUUCAUCAUCCCAUCCAAGAAAGACCUGAAGCGCAAGACUCUGGCAACAGAAGAUAGCAAAGAGGCAUCUGACCCAAGAUCUAUCUACUUCUGUGGCAACUCACUGGGUGUCCAGCCUCGAAGCACGCAAAGGUACAUCGAACAGUACUUGCGAACCUGGGCGACUAAAGGUGUGACCGGACACUUCGUCCCCCAUGAGGAUGAACUGCUCCCACCCUUUGUUGAUGUCGAUACAGCAGGGUCCAAACUCAUGGCGCCCGUUGUGGGUGCCUCGCAGAGCGAAGUGGCUGUGAUGGGCACUCUGACUGCCAACCUUCACCUGCUAAUGGCAAGCUUCUACCGGCCCACCAAAGAGAAAUUUAAGAUCAUUCUGGAGGGCAAGGCCUUUCCCAGUGACCAUUAUGCGGUUGAGUCCCAACUUCGUCAUCACAACUUCGAUCCCAAAGAGGGCAUGGUCCUGAUUGAGCCGGAGAAUCUGGACAAGCCUAUCCUCAGCACAGAACAGAUCAUCAAGGUUAUUGAUGAGAAUGCUUCAAGUACCGCACUUGUACUCCUAUCAGCCAUCCAAUUUUAUACCGGGCAGUACUUCGACAUUGAGCGGAUCACAGCUCAUGCUCACUCCAAAAACAUCUUGAUCGGCUGGGACUGUGCCCACGCAGCGGGUAAUGUAGACCUGCGUCUUCACGACUGGAAUGUCGAUUUCGCAGCCUGGUGUAACUACAAGUAUCUCAACAGUGGACCCGGUGGAAUGGCCGGUCUCUUUGUUCAUGAACGCCACGGCCGAGUGGAUGAGAAACAGGCCGACAGCGACGAGACUUUCCGUCCUCGCCUCUCCGGCUGGUGGGGCAGUGAUCUCGCCACGCGCUUCAAUAUGGAGAAUAAAUUCACGCCGCAGUCCGGUGCUGCUGGAUUCCAGCUAUCAAACCCCUCUGUUCUGGACAUCAACGCUGUCGUUGCAUCUCUUGAGAUAUUCCAGAGAGCAACCAUGAAGGAAAUUCGUCAAAAAUCUCUCAAUAUCACUGGAUAUCUUGAACACCUCCUGUUGAAAUAUCCCCUGGACGCAACCGCAGAAGAGAAGCCUUUCACCCUCAUCACACCAACAAACCCGGCUGAACGAGGUGCUCAGCUCAGUAUACGCCUCCAACCCGGACUACUGGAUCGGAUUCUGCACAUCUUGGAAGAGAACGGGGUGGUGAUUGAUGAGAGGAAACCCGAUGUGAUUCGAGUUGCCCCAGCUCCAUUGUACAAUACGUACACCGAGGUUUGGGAAUUCUGUCAGAUCUUCCUGCAGGCGUGUAAAGAGGCAGUCCAGGCACGCUAG